UAUGUCCUCCAUGGCAUUAUCUACUUGGGCAACUAUCAUUUUAGUGCCCGCUUGGUGGAUGCAGUGGGUCAUGUGUGGCAAUAUGAUGGCCGCCAAAAUGGUGGAGUAUCUACCAUGGACCUCCCUGCUUUGCAUUGUCUCGCAAAUGAUGUCUUCACUUCAUCUUCGUUGCUGACCUCACAUGCGGGUAGUGGUUCGCACAUGUUCAUAUACCAUUUGCUACAGUGA